AUCACAUGAUAUCGAUUAACGUAUCCAGCUAACAUGGCAGGAGGUUUAGCACGAGCACGAAAGGUGGCGAAGGCGUUGGACCCAAAGGAAUCUGAGUUUGGAUAUGUGUACGCAGUAUCGGGUCCCGUGGUUACGGCUCAGCAGAUGGCGGGCGCGGCGAUGUACGAGUUGGUGCGGGUGGGGCACGACGAACUGGUGGGGGAGAUCAUCAGGCUGGAGGGAGACAUGGCCACCAUUCAAGUGUACGAAGACACCUCUGGUGUUACCGUUGGUGACCCUGUCCUGAGAACAGGAAAGCCGUUGUCAGUUGAACUUGGACCAGGAAUUAUGGGUAGUAUCUUUGAUGGUAUUCAGCGACCCCUUGAAGAUAUCUGUGACCUAACCCAGAGUAUCUACAUUCCUAAAGGUGUCAACACGCCGGCUCUCGACAGGUCGAAGAAGUGGGAUUUUGAACCUCUCAACGUCAGGGUCGGAAGUCACAUGACUGGGGGCGAUGUGUAUGGCGUUGUGUACGAGAACAUCCUCAUCAAACACAAGAUCAUGGUGCCGCCGCGUGCGAAGGGAACAGUCACGUACGUCGCGGAACCAGGCUCCUAUGACGUCAACGAAGUGAUACUGGAGACGGAGUUUGAUGGCGAGAAGUCCAAGUUCAGUAUGCUGCAAGUCUGGCCCGUACGACAGAUGCGACCAGUGGCCGAUAAACUGGCUGCCAACUACCCACUGCUCACUGGACAGAGGGUCCUGGAUUCACUCUUCCCCUGUGUGCAGGGCGGAACGACUGCGAUUCCGGGCGCGUUUGGUUGUGGUAAAACCGUUAUCUCCCAGUCGCUGUCAAAAUACUCGAACAGCGAUGUCAUCAUUUACGUCGGUUGUGGAGAGCGAGGAAACGAGAUGUCUGAAGUGUUGAGGGAUUUCCCUGAGCUGACGAUGGAGGUGGAUGGGAAACCAGAGAGUAUCAUGAAGAGAACAGCUCUGGUGGCCAACACAUCCAACAUGCCGGUAGCUGCUCGGGAGGCUUCGAUCUAUACAGGCAUCACGCUGUCGGAGUACUUCCGAGACAUGGGCUACAACGUGUCUAUGAUGGCCGACUCGACGUCGCGGUGGGCGGAGGCGUUGAGGGAGAUCUCUGGGCGACUCGCAGAGAUGCCCGCCGACUCGGGUUACCCCGCGUACCUCGGCGCGCGACUCGCCUCCUUCUACGAGCGAGCUGGGCGCGUCAAGUGUCUGGGUAACCCGCAGCGUGAGGGAUCCGUCAGUAUUGUCGGAGCUGUGUCGCCACCUGGUGGUGAUUUCUCGGACCCCGUCACCUCAGCGACACUUGGUAUUGUACAGGUGUUCUGGGGCCUGGACAAAAAGCUGGCGCAGAGAAAACACUUCCCGUCUAUCAACUGGCUCAUCAGCUACAGCAAGUACUGUCGGUCUCUCGACGACUUCUACGAGAAAAACUUCCCGGAGUUUGUACCUCUCAGAACGAAGUGUAAAGAAAUUCUACAGGAGGAAGAAGAUUUGUCAGAAAUUGUUCAACUUGUCGGCAAGGGUUCGUUAGCAGAAGGUGAUAAAGUUACCAUGGAGGUUGCCCGUCUUCUCAAGGACGACUAUUUACAACAGAACGGUUACACCCCAUAUGACAGGUUCUGCCCUUUCUACAAGACGGUGGGAAUGUUGCGGAACAUCAUCGCGUUCUACGAUAUGUCGCGUCACGCGGUUGAGAGCACAGCACAGAGCGAGAGCAAGAUCACGUGGGCGAUCAUCCGUGACCAGCUCAGUGACGUGCUCUACAAACUCAGCAGUAUGAAGUUUAAGGAUCCAGUAAAAGAUGGAGAAGUUAAAAUACGACAAGACUAUGAAGAACUGCACGAAGAGAUGCAAACGGCAUUUAGAAACCUGGAGGACUAAUUAAUAAAACUUGUUUAUAUAUUAUCACCCUUGUUAAAGAGAUGCAGACUGUGUUUAGAGACCUCGAGGACUAAUUGAUACAAAUGUACAACUUGUUACGGAUCACCCUCUUUAAGAGAUGCGGACCGUGUUUAAAAACCUGGAGGUCUAAUACCAGUUAAUAGAUCAUCCUCAUUAAGUGAUGCAGAUUGAAUUUAUAGGCUUUGAACACUAGAUAGACUAGACAUUUUCAAACUAGAUAAUUGGGGAACAUUUUGUUUUUAAAAUCGUGAUUAGUGAUAUUUCUAGUCAAUUGAAAAUUGAUUAGUAUCUACUGUUUAAUGUUUUAAAAGUUGAAACUUGUGUAGUAAAUUGCAGUGCGAUACUGAACAAAAUGUUCCCUGAUAAUGUAAAAAUUCUUUGACACUGAAGCUAAUAUAGAGAUGGUUUAACACUGAACGUCCGAUAAUAAUAUUAUAGACGUAUUUGAUGAAGAAAACUAUUAUAUUAGUUCUAAAUGCACUGAGAAUAGUUCCAAGUAGGCACAUUCUUUUUCUGUUUCACAUAAAACGUAUUCUGAGCUGUUACAGAAAUUAUCCAUGGUCAGUAAUAGAUAAUUUAGACUAGACUGUAUAACUAGACAUUGUUAGACAUUCGAUAUUUAUAACAUAUUUGACAUUGAAAACCAGAUAAAUAUCAUGAUGAGCUUCUACAAUUAGUAUUGACUUGAGUACUACUCAAUUUAGACAGUAGAUGUAUAUAUUAUUUGUUUCACCAUUGUACAGAGCAAGUUUUACACAUAAUAUGACCUACAGCCUAUUAGCAUAUCACCGAUGUAUAGUGCAUCUUUUGUAUGUUGUAGGAUUUUACUGAUUUCUAAUGCGUCUUUUCCAUGAUGUUUGUAAUUACUUUGUUGUUGUUUCCCGUCAAAUUAUUUGGUGCAGUCGUCAUCAGUUAUAACAGCAAAGUAACAUCCAUCUACAAAACAGUCAAUUCUUGACAAUGUUUCCCUUCUAGUUCUGUGUCGGGACUCAGGGUAUCAUUAAACAUACAUUCCAUUUGUGACACUGAAUACAGUACAUUUGAACAUUAAGGGAUGUCGCAAGGCAAACAUAUGGUGGUGGAUGAUACAUGAUUCGUGUGAGUGUUUAGGGUUUCGUUUGUCAAAGCAUAGUAGGCAUGAAGUAACAGUUGUAAAUAGUAAAACACGCAAGGCUGUAGAUAAUGUGAUGUUGUACGUGUAUUUAAAAUGUUUGAAAUCAAAUUGUAACCAUUGUCUUCAGUGUGUAGAUGGAAACUGAUUUCAUUUAAUAUAUAAAAUUUGAUUAAACGUCCUUCAAAGCUGA